CGAGUAGAGUGCAGAGCUUUCAGUAGGCUCUUGCUACACCAUCUAAACCCGUUAGAUGUAGCAAACCAGCACUGGGGAUAGAACAAGUGCUGGGUGAUAUCUUAUUUUCUAUUACAUAUCCAGCCGAAAAGUCGGCGACAGUGCCCUCCAAAAAGGAUAGUGUGAAGAAAUCGAAAUCAAUCGAAAAGCAAGCCUGAGGAAAAGCCAGCAAUGAAGCUGGCAUUGGACACAGACAUCAUCAUCUUGAAACAUAGCAUACUCUGAUAGGAUAGGACCGAUGGCUAUAGUGUAGCGGUGCGACCUGACGUCGAGGUACAUUUCACUGAUAAUUGCAAAAUAGCAGACCAUAGCAGCGCUGAUCGUGAAUGUUUAUGCGAUGCACAUGAUUCCACCGGGGUGGAGCAAUAUCCAGCGACUCUUUAAAGUGAGGUGUUAAGGAUAUAUUUGGGCUGCUAGCUAGCAAGCUACCCUAUGCAACACGUUGCUGACAAGCAAGACUUCAAGGUGUCAUUCAUACGCUACCUUUAUUCAUGGGAUGACGUCGCGGCGUCGCCUCUGCUCUCUCGCCCCGCAGCAGCCUCUCCUCUCCUCCUGCAGCCUCGCCCCCACUCCUGAGCUCUCCGUGGGCUCCUGACGCCACUGGCUGGCCAACCCUCCUCUCCUCUCCUCUCCUCUCCACCCUUCUCCCUGUCCCCGGCUUCCCAACUCCCCCUUGAGCUCCAGUAUGCGGCGCUUCGUCUACUGCAAGGUGGUGCUGACCACCUCGCUGGUGUGGGUGCUGGUGGACGUCUUCCUGCUGCUCUACUUCAGCGAGUGCAACAAGUGCGACGACAGGAAGGACCGCUCGCUGCUUCCUGCCCUAAGAGCUGUGAUAUCCCGCUCCCAUGAGGGUCCUGGCGAGAUGGGAAAAGCAGUGGUCAUCUCGAAGGACGACCAGGAGAAGAUGAAGGAGCUCUUCAAGAUCAACCAGUUCAACCUGAUGGCCAGCGACAUGAUCGCCCUCAACAGGACUCUGCCUGACGUGAGGCUGGACGGCUGCAAGACUAAGGUGUAUCAGGACGAUCUGCCCAACACCAGUAUCGUCAUCGUGUUCCACAACGAGGCGUGGAGCACGCUGCUGCGGACGGUCCACAGUGUCAUCAUCCGCUCUCCGCGCCACCUGCUCGUGGAGGUGGUGCUGGUGGACGACGCCAGUGAGAGAGAAUUCCUGAAGAAGAAGCUGGACGACUACGUGCGGAACCUGGAGGUGCCGGUGCGGAUCCUGCGCAUGGAGCAGCGCUCGGGCCUCAUCCGGGCUCGGCUGCGGGGGGCGGCAGCCACCAAGGGCCAGGUCAUCACCUUCCUGGAUGCCCACUGCGAGUGCACGGUGGGCUGGCUGGAGCCGCUGCUAGCCCGGAUCAAGGAGGACCAGAAGGCUGUGGUGUGCCCCAUCAUCGACGUCAUUAGUGACGAGACGUUCGAGUACAUGGCCGGCUCGGACAUGACGUACGGCGGCUUCAACUGGAAGCUCAACUUCCGCUGGUACCCCGUGCCCCAGAGGGAGAUGGACCGGCGCAAAGGGGACCGGACUCUCCCAGUCAGAACACCUACAAUGGCUGGAGGCUUAUUCUCCAUUGACCGCACAUAUUUUGAAGAAAUUGGCACCUACGACCCAGGAAUGGACAUAUGGGGAGGGGAGAACCUGGAGCUGUCUUUCAGGAUCUGGCAGUGCGGGGGCUCCCUGGAGAUCGUCACCUGCUCCCACGUGGGUCACGUGUUCCGCAAGGCCACGCCCUACACCUUCCCCGGGGGCACGGGCCAGGUCAUCAACAAGAACAACCGGCGCCUGGCUGAGGUGUGGAUGGACGAAUUCAAAGACUUCUUCUACAUCAUAUCGCCAGGCGUGGUGCGCGUGGACUACGGAGACGUGUCCGCCCGCAAGGCCCUGAGGGACACGCUGCAGUGCAAGCCUUUCUCCUGGUACCUGGAGAACGUCUACCCCGACUCCCAGAUCCCCAGGAGAUACCACUCACUUGGAGAGAUCAGGAAUGUAGAGUCGAACCAGUGUGUGGAUAACAUGGGCCGCAAGGAGAACGAGAAGGUGGGCUUCUUCAACUGCCACGGCAUGGGGGGAAACCAGGUGUUUUCUUACACCGCCGAUAAAGAGAUCCGGACCGAUGACCUGUGCCUGGACGUCUCGCGCCUCAACGGACCAGUGGUCAUGCUGAAGUGCCACCACAUGAAGGGGAACCAGAUGUUUGAGUAUGAAGCAGAGAGGCUGACCCUCCUGCAUGUGAACAGCAACCAGUGUCUGGACAUGCCCUCGGACGAGGACAAGAUGGUGCCCACCCUGAGAGACUGCAAUGGCAGUCGCUCGCAGCAGUGGAUCCUAAGGAACAUGACCCUCAGCCAGUGAGCCGCUCUCACUCUACAUGACCACUCAACCCUAAACUCUGACCUCCAGCCUAGGCUGGCCUCCCAUCCCAGAGGGCCGGCAGGCCCUCAACGUGCCCACGAUGGCGACUCCACAUCAACCAACCACACACCCAUGAUGCCAUUAGUGCUGCUGCUGCUGCUACUGGGACCUGUAUCUGUAUAGGAACAGGCGAAAGUACCUUUUCCUUUCCCCCCUAUAGUGCAUGGCUUAACCAGCCUAUGUGUGUGAGUGUGUGUAUCCUUGUGUGAGAGAGUUUGUUUGUGUGUGUGUGAAGGGCUCUCAUGAGGACUUCAUCCUGCCCUGCCUGCUCAAAGACUGUUAGUCGAGCUCUUUGUGCUUUAAUCACCCGGAGCUGACCAAACAAGCAUCUGUAGACACUCACAGGACUAAUGGCUCUUCUCCAAAAAACCAAAGCAAGACUGCAUGACCCAGAGUGCUCAGCAGAUCUAGCUGUGGGAUAUUUUGCAUAUCUAGGAAUCAUGCAUUCACCUUGCAUUCUGCACAGUACUGUACAUACUUUCCAACCCAAGUACAACAAUAGCAAGGGACCUAUCAAAUAAUAUCACACCUGACUUCCCUUGUCCAUAUCUGUAUUUAUCAGACAUUUACAGAAAUGUUACCAUUUCUACUAUAUACAUCAUCUUAAGGAUUGGAAUAAUGUUUGGAAACCGGUUGUCCGACUUAGACUUGUAACCAGAUGUUUGCAGAAUCAGUGGGCAUAUAACAGGAGACCCGGCUUCUUGUCUGCCUGUCCUUUUUGAGAGAGAAACCUACAGUACAGCAUCAACACUGUUUAAGACAGGAGUUUAUGGUGUGAGAAGCUAUUGCUGUGGAGGUAUUGACUUGUGCUGUAUUGAUUUUGCCUUAAGGAAAGUUUUGAGUUAUCGUAUCAUAAAUAGGAGCUCAUUCUGAGGACCAUUGAGAGUGGAGGACAGAGCCACUGUCCCUACAUAGAGGUACUUGACAUCUCUAGUCACUGUUAUUCAAUUUUAGUUUUUUUUUUGUUUGUUUGUUUGUUUUUUUGUUUGUUUUUUGUCAUUCAUGGGUCAGCUAAAAGAGCUGUCCAUUUACAUCCGGUUUUAGUUUGCAGAUUUUUAUAUUAAUCCUGUUCUAUUUGUGUCGUUAUUGUUUGUUUGCAGAAAAGAUGUAUUUCCCUAAAUAGUUAAGUAACAUAUUUAUAAUGAAAGGUCACUGAGAUUUUAGAGAUGUAAAGAUUGAAUGAUUUAACAGAUGUUGAUUACUAGGUGGGAGAAAGUGAAGGCUCCAUGUAAUAAUGUAGAAAGCUGCUGCCUCACCAACAUAUCAAUGCUACUGUAUUUAUAGCCACUCGCUCAAGCAGAUACAAGACAUUCAGUAUGACUACCUGGAGAGAAUAUCCUUGUUAUUCAGCCCUUGACAUUCUAGCCUUGACUUCAACUUCUACUGUACUUUUAUUUAUUAUUUUUGUCAUUAUCAACCAUAUGGUGCAGCUGGCAUAUUGUAAAUAAUAUAACCAAAAGUUUUUGAACACCAUUGUACAUACACAAAAAAGAUUAUUUUUUUAAGAUGCGACUUAAAAGCCCUAUUGAAAUUUAGAGUGUAGACCUUUGCUAUAUUUAAGUGCACUGGAGCAUUCUGUCAUUAUUAGCAGUUUGGUUGAAUACACUGUAUCACUGUAAGAGAAACUGUCUUUAAAACCCCUUUACUAUAACAUAUCAUCUGACUAUUUACAAAAUUUCACUUCACACAAUCUUUUCCAUGCAUCAGCAGUUCUUGGUGGCUUUAUGUAGGAAGAUGGGAUAGAUUUAAUCAAAGUUGUAUUGUUUACAUGUAGUUAAUUUGAGCAGCUAAUUUAUUCUGAUUAAGCUUCAGUUUAUAGUCAUUACAUUAAAAUGGACUAAAUUGAAUAAACUAAAUAGAAUUGAUAAGGGGGUGUUGCUACUAAAUGAAUGAGGAGGAAAAGCACUCAAUCAAAACUAAACUAUGACCCGUGCUAUGGAAUGUGAAUAUUUACAAAGCGGCUCUCAUGGGGUUUUAAGUGCAUGGUACAAAAAACAUAGCAACAUAGAUUGCCUUUCAACUUUGAAAUGUGUAACUUUGUAUUAGUCUUGAAGUGAUGUUAAUCUGUUUGUACAUUUUUUGUAAGGCAAAAAAAAAAAAAAAACAGGAAUGGAUUGAGUGUGUAUUUACCAUGCACACUCCAAUGAAUUCUACUAACAAACUGAACUGUGAGCUACAAUAAAUCACUGUUGAUGAA